AUGCGCUUCAUCGUUGCUGCCCUUGCCAUGCUCCUCCAUCUCUCGCAGAUAUGUCCGGCAUUGUCCUGCACGUUCAAGCAACUUCCUCCUUCUGCGAUGAUAACAGUUCCACAUUAUCACGCAGAUUCGCCUUUUAUCAAGCAAGAUAUUAAGGAUUGCAUGCAGAUGUGCUUCGAAAACACAUCGUGUGCUUACGUCCUUUCCUUUGAGAAUGGCAAAUGCUCCUCUGAUGCGUCCGAAGGCAACACUUUCCGAGUGGAUUCGAUGAUGGAUGAGUUUGGUCACAGUGGAGUGGCUUUUCAGUUAUAUCGGAACGCGACUGCUACUGAAUGUCCAACCUUGGAAGAAUGGUCGCAGCAAAGCCGUACGUGGUGCGGAGCUUCGUUCAACUGCGCCGUGCUUGCCUUGAAUCGAGUGGUCGAAAUGAUUCCUCCUGCGAGUUUUCUUCGCUUCCUCUUCGAGGGGAAAGCCCUUGGAAUUUGGAUGAGGUUGUCUGUGUUGUACAUGGUUGCUCUUCCAUUUAUCACACGAACGCAUCCAUACAACUCUUUGAUCAGUACGUACAUCCCUUCUCCAAUGAUCACAGACGAUGAAAUCAAUGUAUUGCUAACCUGUCCUCAUGAGCUGAAUGUGGUUCGCCUUCUGGUCUAUCCACAUAUAAGCCGACCACCGCGAAUAUGGAGACGUAUGGUGAUGAAAUUCAAAAUGGGACAAGCGAAAGGCAAACAAACGAGUAGCGGUCACAUUCCGAUAGAUCUGGUAAACCACUGCACUGCAAUCGAACGCUUCUUUCAACGAAUCCACACGAUAGCUGUUGCCUUCGGACGGAUUGACGGAACACCUGCCAUUCUGAAAAAAAAGGGUAUCAAGCAA